UUUCAUUCCAGCAGAAUUUUUAACGGAUAUAUCCUAUAGAGCUGUGAGAAAACUGAGAGUUAUCUGUGGUGAAUCUAGUCAGAUUUUCAUCGUCUCAUGGCAUCUGUUCACACAGACAAGGAAAGCUGUCAACGUUUAAAAUAUGAUGAAAAUGGUUUUGAAAACACGGAUCUUUACUUCAAUGAUGCUAGCCUUACCUUUCGUGGAGAACCUUAUAAUCCUUAUGAGGUCUGGUUGUAUUUCUGCAGCUACUACCUAAAAGUGAUCAGUGCCAAAUUCCGUGUGUUAGGGGAAUUUAUUUGCCGGAGAACAUGGACGACAUUCAUAGCCCUACAUGUCCUACUUGCUGUUCUCGCGUGUGGGUUUACACAAUUCAAGUUUGCAAAUAGAUGGGAGGAAUUGUACGUUCCUGAAGGAUGCCGCGCUAUCAGCGAUCUCAAAGUUGCUGAUAAAUAUUUCAAUUUGGAUUAUAGAGAAGAGAUUGUUAUCUUAACUCCAAAAUAUCCGGACAUUUCCAACAGGUCGUCUGGUGUUCUUACCAAGGAGUGUUUUCAAGAAGCUUUGGAAAUCCAUAAAGCCAUUACAAGACAGAAAGAUUUCAUAAAAUACUGUACGACGUUAUCAAAGGAGACAGCUGAGAGUAUUUCCGAUUGUGUAAUGGUGAAUCCGUUGGAUAUUGUGACUUGGUAUGGUAAUGGUAGUUUAAAUAAUGUUCCGGCACAUCUUUCGUUAGCUUACUAUAAUGUGGAUCGUUUAGCCAGUAACGGAAGAGCAUUUUAUUUAAAUCUACCUGCAAUCUUUGGAAAAACGCUCCAACCUGAACUGAAAUAUUCUGGAUCAUUGAUGAUGCGUUACUUUUUGCGAAAUCCGCAAGACGAGACUACACUUGAUAAAGUUUUGACUUUGGAGAAACGCAUUCUUGAUGAACUUGCUGGGUUGAAAAAUAAAAUGAAGCAUGUGGAUAUGUCGUACGCCAGUACUCGAAGUGUUGAUGAUGCUAUUGGUGAAAGUACUGGAUCAGAUAUUCGUCUUGUAUCAGUAACUUUUAUUCUCAUGAUUUCCUUUGCUUGUAUUGUUUCUGGUAAUAUCCGGGAAAGUGCUCGAAGUCAUUCAUUGCUUUCUCUAUUUGGAGUGCUUGCUGUUGUUUAUGGCAUAGCAGCUGGUCUAGGUUUUGGUAUGUGGUUGCAAUUACCAUUUAUCAGUAUGGUUGGUGUCUUGCCUUUUCUGGUGCUUGGGAUUGGUCUUGAUAAUAUGUUCUUAAUUAUUCAUGAACUUGACCGUGUACCUCUUGAUUGGCCUGUCACUCAACGUAUCGCGCAUGCUCUAUCUCAAACUGGCCCAACCGUGACUAUGACGUCCGUGACAAACGUGGUAGCGUUCGCAGUUAGUACAUUAACAUCGUUUCCAGCGAUACGUAUUUUCUGCAUCUAUGCCUCACUCUGCAUCGCGUUCGCCUACCUGUUUAUUAUUACUUUCUUCGUCGCAGCCUCAAAGUUUGAUGCUGAUAGAAUUAAAGCUGGAAAGAUUGACGUUCUGCUGUGCCAAUAUAGCGGUAGCCUAUCCAAAGCAUCGGAAUAUUUGAAGUUCCAUCGUUUACCUCACUUUUCAAGCACAAACAUAAUGAAAAGAUGGGCAAGUUUCAUCGUGAAGACGCCAAUUAAACAGAUAGUGAUCAUGAUGGCUCUAACCUUGUUUGCUCUUGGAAUGUACGGCACGUUUCAUAUUGACCAGCGAUUUGAUCAACACGUCGUAGCCAAAGAAGGCUCUUAUUUUAAAAAUUUCAUCAGAACGACUGAGAAAUACUACGAUCAGUCCGUUCAAGUCAAUCUUGUCGUCAUUGGUGAACACGUUGAGUACAGCGAUUCAAAGACGCAGCAAAAACUUAUGAAUCUUGAAAAAAUUGCCUUUUCAAAUGACUUCUAUUUGGUCAAUGCAAGUAUAUUUUGGUUGCCAGUUUUUAAACGCUGGGCAACCGGAAAUCAAAGAAAUCUCACUGGACCUGAUUUCUACAAUUCUGUUAAAAUGUUUGUUAAUUCAAAAGCAGGACAAAUGUAUAAACAGGAUAUCGUGUUUAACGAAAAAAACACGAAAAUUAUUGCGUGUCGAAUGAUCGUCUAUACUAUCAGUACGACAGAUUCAUUAAAACUACGAGAUGCAAUGUUGACUCUACGUGAGGACAUUGAUGAAAAAUCUCCUCUCCCGAGCUUUCCUAUCGCGAAACAAUUUAUAAGUUAUGAACAGUACGCGCUGACCGCUAAAGAAACUGUCCGCAACCUUCUUAUUGCUGCAAUAGCAAUACUUGGUGUUAGCAGUGUGUAUCUGGUUCACCCAAUUGUUAUCCUAUUUGUGUUUUUAAGUUUUGCCAGUCUAGUUAUAGAAUUAUUUGGAUUAAUGUAUAUAUGGGAUGUUUCUCUGAAUGGUAUAUCAAUGAUUGGUCUGGUAAUGGCUAUUGGUUACAGUGUGGAUUAUAGCGCUCACGUGGCCCACGCUUUUGUUGUAUCUGACGUUCCUGGAAACGACCAACGUAUCGUUCGUUCCCUGAGUACAGUUGGUAUCAGUGUAUUAAUGGGAGGUGUAAGUACAUUUCUUGGAAUAGUGGUGAUAGCGUUUUCAGAAUCAGAGCUCUUCCAUAUAUUCUUCCGUAUUCUGUUUGGUAUUGUGGUUCUUGGCCUUCUUCAUGGUUUGUUGUUUUUGCCUGUACUUCUUGCUACGUUUUGUCCUUCAUUUAUGAGAGUUGCUCAUCAGAAAGAGGAAGUUAUGCUGGCGAAUGAUCCAAUCGAAUCACCGACUGAGAUUCGUGCAAUCGAGAUUUGUGAGAAAGAGACAACGGUUUAGUUAUUUCUCUGACAAUGUUUCGACAGUUAUUUAUCUUUUACUAUUCUUACUGUGUAUAAAGGGCCUUUGGCUUCGAGUUGUAUUUUUUGGUUGCGAUUCCUGCGUUAGGUUUCGAAACAGGUUGUUGAAAGCAGGUCUUGGACCGGCGUGAAAACGUGCUAAAUAUUUUUCAAGUUUACAACGGGAACAUUAAAAACAAUAGAUAAUGAGCUGAAAUUCAAAUUCCCACAUUUUAAUGUUUCUGUACAUGAGAAUUCAUGAAGUUGAAAUGUGCAUGUCUGAAAUGUGUAUUGUAUUAAGUUAAAGAAUUAAAUUAGAUUUAAUAAGCGGGAAGAUAUAAGUAUAUACGAUGUCAUUUAAUUCAAGAGCAAGAUGUGUGUUUUUCGAAACAAAAAACGCGCAGUUUUUCGCAGAUAUAUAUGUCAACUCAUGAGUCUAAAUUUCUUUGUCUUCAGCGGGCUGAUGACUGAAAGUUGCGACUUAUUAGAAAUGAGAUUGCUCCUAGCUGUCUCCGUUUAAAUAAUGACAUUUAUCAAAUCUGCUCAACUUGCUUAUAGUUGUAUGCAUGCCAGACUAAGUUGAACUAGAAUGUGUAAAAUGUGAAAUAUAUACUAUACUCUGUGAACUGUAGUGUGUAAAGUGAAGGUAAUCGAUCCAACUUUGAAAUGCCAUCACACCCAUAACCUUUUAUUCAUUUUAACGCCGUGUAGUUAUAAAAAUUCUUACUGAAUUUAAUACUGAUCCGAAACUUUGUUAUUCGUACUAGCAGACUGUAGUUUUCAAGUGGUUUUUCCAUACAAUUGCAAAAAUUUUUUUAAUAAAAGUUGACUUGCGGUAAAAAAAAAUUCAUUGGGUAGAAGGUUUGAGGCAUUAAACUUUUUUGUGUUGAAAAAUCACAGAAAAGGUGCCUUUUAUAGGCGUGGUUGGCGUGAUAAAGUUGGAUUUUACCUUACAACAGGUGAUGCUACACGGUAUUUAAUUAACUGAGCUUAAAAUUGACUAGAGACAGAAAUUAAGAAUAUUAAUUUAAUCAAAGGCGUCAAUGCUUUAAAUAUUUAAUGAUAUAUAGUAUCUCAGCCGAUAAAGAAUAAUUUGUAAACACCGGCUCAGGGCGUUAGACAACACGCGAUAAGUGAAGGCAUGGCCCUGGUACCUAGAAUUGGGAGAAUAUAAAAGUUUACUUCUCUGGGAAUAUAUUUGAAAAACUAACUAUGGUAGUAGAGCAGUUAAUACAGACCACUUUACUAUAAAGGAGGUAAUUAUUUAUUAAAUAUAAUGUAUACGUAUAGAGAUUGUAUAUAACCUUAUAUAAUAGCCCUGUUUGACUACAGGCAAUUUAUUGGCACGGCUAAAAUGGGUACCCGUGCCCAAUAUUAUUGGUGCUCAGGCUACCAAAAAAAGGCCGAGUACGGAUGAAAUGGGCACGCCGAUAAAUUGAAUGUAGUGUAAACGGGGCUAAUGUUAUAUAUUCGUAAAUGAUGUUUGGAUGGAAUUUUAAUUAUUUGAUUCAAAAUAAAUUAAUAACCUUUUGUCA